CCACAUUUGGAGCACUUUCAGUCAAGUCAUCAGGCACCUUCUUCAACUGCCACUUUCAGCUUCCCCAUUCUUACCUCAUUCUCUCCUGCCCAGCCUGCCGUCACCAUGACGUCGGAGCUGGAGAGCAGCCUGACCUCCAUGGAUUGGCUUCCUCAGUUGACCAUGCAAGCAGCCAUCCGCAAAAGUGACGCUCAGAAUACCCACGGGCCCGGCAUGGGCAAGAAGAACACUCUUCUGGAUCACAACACCACAUUGGAUCAAGAAGAAGUGCAGCAGCAAAAGGAUGGCAAGCCUCCGUACAGCUACGCCAGUCUCAUCACGUUUGCUAUCAACAGCUCGCCAAAGAAGAAGAUGACGUUGAGUGAGAUCUACCAGUGGAUCUGUGAUAACUUUCCUUAUUACAGGGAGGCGGGCAGUGGCUGGAAGAACUCAAUACGGCACAAUCUGUCAUUAAACAAAUGUUUUCUCAAAGUGCCUCGCUCUAAAGAUGACCCUGGAAAGGGAUCCUAUUGGGCUAUUGACACCAACCCAAAAGAGGAUGCCUUGCCUACCCGGCCGAAAAAAAGGCCUCGGUCUGGAGAGCGGGCUUCCACGCCAUACAGCCUGGAUUCUGAGUCUUUGGGGAUGGACUGUAUGAUCCCUGCAAGUGCCUCUCCAACGCUGGCAAUCAACACUGUGACUAACAAGGUGGCGUUAUACAACACAGACCAGGAAGGUAGUGAUAGUCCAAGAAGCAGCCUUAACAACAGCCUGUCUGAUCAGAGUCUGGCCUCCGUCAAUCUCAACAGUGUGGGCAGCGUUCACAGCUAUACACCGGUAUCGAGUCACCCAGAGACCGUGUCCCAGACUAUGAGCCUGCAGCAGCCCCCCCAGUCCCAGUAUAACAUGCCAGACAGGGACAAGCAGCUUCUGUUCUCGGAGUUUGAAAAUCUCAGUGCCUCCUUCCGCAGCCUUUACAAGUCUGUUUUUGAGCAGUCCUUCAGCCAACAAGGUCUGAUGGGGAUACCAUCAGAUUCCUCCCAGCAGACUCACACCUCCUGCUCCUAUCAGCACUCCCCCAGUGGCACCAUUAACACUCAGAACAACCUGUCAAACAACCAACCCAACAACCACACCAACAACCACUCUACCAACAGUGGGCAGGUGCCGCUGUCUCACCCUGCCCAAGCCCACCCUGGCCACGGCUCACCCCACGCACAGCACCUCUCACAGCACGGUGGCACCCACAACCAACAUGGCCAACACAGUCAGCACCCUCAGCACUCUCAGCAUCCGCAACACGCUGUGCACUCUCAGCACCCCCAGCACGGGCAGCACCCGUCGCAUGGCCAGCACCCGCAGCAACACACAGCGCACCCCUCCCAGCAUUCGCAGCACAGCCAGCACCCAGCUCAACACGGGCAGCAGCACCAGAGCCUCUCCCACCAGACCCAUCCCACCCAGCAGCAGAUGGCCUGCAACACAGGUUUACUCUCCGACUGGUACCCAAAUUUAGAUGCACUGAAAGAAAGCUGUCGCAUUGCCAGCAGCUAUAACUGGGCAGAUGUUGACCUUUCGCCUUUUCAAGGGUUGAGAGAGAGCAUGAGACAGGCUGAGCUGAACAAUUGGUGCCUUGAACCUACCCAGAUUGCAGACCUCUGCUCAUCCAUCAACCAGUUCUUUGCCCGGACCGGAGUAAUUCAGCAACAGGGGGCUGUGCAGAGUCCUGUUUGUCACGGGCCCAUGCACACCAACAAACCCAGCCAGCACCUCAACACAGGAAAUCUCUACAUGGACUCGAGACAGAGCAUGCCCAUGAUGGGGCCUCCAGGAUACCCCCACAUGCCCCCCAUGAGCAGCACAGGACCCUCUAUGACAGGACACCAUGCACAGAUGAACCAGCAGCACAUGAUAACUUCCAGAAACUUCCAGAUGCAUCGCAUGCCAGCUGACGACAUCCAGGAUGACUUUGACUGGGACUCCAUUGUUUAGCCACCAAGACCCCCUUGUUGCAACUCAAUCCGAGCGAUGAGAGGAGGCGUUAAUCCAGAGGAAGCUGGGCUGAGCUGACAGGCCGUAGGUGGAGGAGGCCGCUGUGUGAAGCAGAACAUUGGACAAGUUUUGGAAACGUACAGACUCCAGA